AUGCAGCGCGCGGCCAGCAACAAAUUAACAUUACACACACUCGCACGCACGCACAAGGCGCUGCGCCCAAAGAAAGGCGCAAAUCCUCUUUCGGCUUAUGUGCCUGGUACGAGAGCAUGGUUCACAGACAAAGAUGCUGGCUGGGUCAGCGCAACGUUGGCCAAACCGGUACAACAGAAUAAUAAUGAAGUCAUCUUGCACUUUACCAUGGAUGAUACAGGAGCGGCUCGUGAAGUAAAAACAUCAUUGAAAGCCAUCGAAACACAAAAAGGAAGCAUUUCAGGUGAUGAUGCCUUACCGCCUUUGCGAAAUCCGCCCCUUCUAGAAGCAACGGAAGAUUUGACAAAUCUCAGUUACCUCAACGAGCCUGCCGUUCUGCAUGCGAUUCUCAAUAGAUACUCCCAAAGAAUCAUUUACACCUACUCAGGUAUCGUCUUGAUUGCGGUGAAUCCUUUCGAUGCCGUCAAGCUAUACACGCCUGAAAUCAUUCAAGCUUACUCCGGAAGAAUGCGGGGUGAACUGGAACCGCAUCUUUUCGCAAUUGCAGAAGAUGCAUAUAGAUGCAUGAUUCGGGACGAAAAGGAUCAAACAAUUGUUGUUAGUGGUGAAAGUGGUGCCGGUAAAACUGUUUCGGCUAAAUUUAUCAUGCGAUACUUUGCUACUGUUGAAGAUCCUUCACGUCCUGGAAGUCGUAAAGCAGCCAAUCAAGCUGCUGCUGGUAGCGGGGCAAGCAAGGAUGCAAGUGGAAUGAGUGAAACCGAACAACAGAUUCUUGCAACGAACCCCAUCAUGGAAGCAUUCGGUAAUGCAAAAACAACACGAAACGACAACUCUUCCCGUUUCGGAAAGUAUAUUGAGAUCCUGUUCGACAAAACGAACGAGAUUGUAGGAGCACAAAUUCGUACCUACCUGUUGGAACGUUCACGUAUCGUCUUUCAGCCUGCAGAGACGGGCGAAAGAAAUUUCCACAUCUUCUACCAGCUUUGCGCAGGUGCACCUUCGUCUGAGCGCAAAGACUUGGGCCUUUUGGAUGCUUCUGAGUUCUUUUACCUGAACCAAGGUGGAAACCAGCGCAUAGCUGGAGUAGAUGACGCAGAAGAAUUCAAGGCCACACAAAAGGCACUCAGCACUGUUGGUGUAAAGAUUGAACAACAAUGGCAAAUCUUUGGUCUGUUGGCUGCUCUUUUGCAUUUGGGAAAUGUCAAGAUUGGUGCAAUGCGAAAUGACGCAAGCAUCAGUGAUGAAGAGACAAACUUGUUCGUUGCAACGAACAUGCUCGGUAUCAAUCCCGGUGAAUUCCGUAAGUGGACAGUGAAGAAGCAAAUACAGAUGCGAGGCGAAAAGAUUGUUUCAAACUUAUCCCAAGCACAAGCUACCGUCGUUCGUGAUUCAGUCACAAAGUACAUCUACUCUUCAUUGUUUGACUGGUUGGUCGAACAGAUGAACGUCAAGUUGGCUUUGGGUAGCGUAGAUACCCGUAAUAGAAUGAUCGGUGUGUUGGAUAUUUAUGGUUUUGAACGCUUCAAAGUCAAUUCUUAUGAACAAUUCUGCAUCAAUUACGCUAACGAACGCUUACAAAACGAAUUCAACCAGCAUGUGUUCAAAUUGGAACAAGAAGAAUACAUGCAAGAGAAGAUCAAGUGGACAUUUAUCGACUUUGCUGAUAAUCAACCGACGAUUGAUAUGAUCGAAGGCAGACUUGGUAUUCUAUCCCUUCUUGAUGAAGAAUCCCGCUUGCCUUCUGGAUCCGAUGCAAGCUUCUUACAAAAGUUGUUCACUCAGAUCGAGCGUAAGCCGGAAUUCAAAGAAAGCUUCAAGAGACCCAGAUUCGGUCAAAGCAGUUUCACUGUUUGCCAUUACGCCUUGGAUGUCACUUAUGAAAGUGAAGGUUUCUUGGAAAAGAAUCGUGAUACCGUUCCGGAUGAACAUUUGAACUUGUUGAGCAAUACCUCCAACGAAUUCUUGAAAGAGAUUCUUGACACUGCCACUCGCAUUGCACAAGAGGCCAAGGAUGGUCCGCAAUCUGCCCAAACGAAUGGUACUGCUGAUGUGAACGGAGCAGCAGAAAAGAAGCCUGCACCCCGGAAAUUAGGUGGAGGCGGGAUGGUGAAGAAGCCUACAUUGGGAUCUCAAUUCAAAUCUAGCUUGGUGGCCCUGAUGAGUACAAUUGAUUCGACAAAUGUGCACUAUAUCCGAUGCAUCAAACCAAACGAAGCCAAGAAGGCAUGGGAUGUCGAACCACAAAAUGUACUCGGUCAAUUGCGAGCUUGUGGUGUUUUGGAAACUAUUCGAAUCAGUUGUGCAGGAUAUCCGUCCAGAUGGACGUUUGAUGACUUCGGUACUCGCUACUAUCUAUUGACAAAUUCGAGCAGAUGGAAUUUAUCUAGUCGAGAAUUGACAAGCCAUCUGUUGUCAGAGUUGGUGAAGGAAGAAGAUAAAUAUCAAAUCGGUCUCACAAAGAUCUUUUUCCGUGCAGGAAUGUUGGCUGAGUUUGAACAACGUAGAACAAGCCGAUUAAAUGAAUUGGUCACGAUCAUGCAAAAGAAUGCCCGUGCCGUUCAUUAUUCGCGCAAAUUCCGUACCAUGCGUUCCAAUUCGAUCCGCAUUCAAACAUGGUGGAGAAUGGUUGCCGCUCAGAGGGCUGUAACAACAAUGCGCAAGAACAAGGCUGCACUUAGUAUUCAAGUUGCUGCUCGUGGCUGGAUGGCCCGCUUACGUUAUCAGCGUACCAUUGCGGCGGUUGUUGCAAUUCAAAGUCAUGCUCGUGGAUACAAGAUUCGUUCCACAUUUGCUACAGACAAGACGGCAUUCGCUGCAACCCGCUUGCAAAGCCUCUUGCGUGGUGCACUGGUUCGCCGUCAAGUUCGUCACGACCGCAAGGGCGUAAUUCAUUUGCAAUCAUGCUGGCGUCGUAAGAUGGCCAAGCGUGAACUUAUCGCCAAACGUCAAGAAGCUAAAUCGGCCACUCAUUAUCGGGAAGUCACCUAUAAGCUGGAGAACAAGGUCGUCGAACUUACUCAGAACCUGCAGGCACGAACGAAGCAGAACAAGGAACUUGCUAACAAGAUCCGACAAUUGGAAGGCCAGGUGAAACAAUGGCAAGAUAAGCAUGAGGAGGUUGAUAGUAAAUCCCGAGGUUUGGAAGAGGAGUUGGCCAAGCCUAGCGUACCGAAGCACGAAUUCGAAGCAUUAAUCGAGUCUAAACGAUUGGUCGACCUGCAAGUACAAGAGUCGUUGCGAAAAAUCUCCGAACACGAGGGCAGGAUCGGCGACUUGGAGCGGGAACUGCGGGAACAGGCGGAAGAAUUGGAGGCUCGGGAACAAGCUCUGAACAACGCAAAGAAUGUCUCGGAAGAGGAUUCGACCGCUAUGACUUCGUUACGCAACGAAGUUAAUAGUCUACGCGAACAAUUGAAUAGAGCCAAUGCACUGAAUACGUUGACGAAGAACAGCCAGAGAAUUGAGAAUGCACAACCGCCUACCUUUAACAUGGCUACCGGCCGAGAGAUGCAACCUCAAACCAAACGUAGGGUUCGCCGUCACUCUGAAGUCGGCGUAAUGAGCGAUGCACCUGUUCGCGAUCCUGAAGAAGAAGAAGCAAUGUAUGCUGCAAAGAGAAGCGCUGCUAAUGCUAACAGACAUGUCAGUGUUGCAGCGUUUGAUCAAAUUCCCGGCUUGCAACGCAACGGUAACGGCGAAUAUGGUGAAGAAUGGGACGAGAAUGAACAGAGUGAGGAGGUAAUCCGUAUUUUGGAGAACGAAGAACAAUUGGAUGAAGAUGUUCUCAACGGUUUAAUUCGCUUCCUUAAGAUUCCCGCACCGAGCAUCACCAACCCGCCAUCUCCGAAAGAAGUUCUUUUCCCUGCACAUCUUAUUUCAUUGUGCACCAACGAGUUCUGGAAGUAUGGAAUGGUACGUGAAAGUGAACGUUUCUUGGCCAAUGUCAUGCAAACGAUCCAACAACACAUCAUGAGCUUUACCGGAGAUGAUGUCAUUGUGCCUGGCUUCUUCUGGUUGUCCAACGUGCACGAAAUCUUCAGCUUUGUUUGCAUUGCUGAAAGUGACAUGCUGCAAGGUAUCGGACCGGGUGUGGAUGGAUCUGCAGGCGAAAUGAUCUUCUCAGAAUAUGAGCGAUUGGUAACGAUUGUCAAGCAUGACUUAGAAUCAUUGAGCUACAAUUUGUUCCACACAACAAUCUCUGAGAUCAAGAAGAGAUUACACAAGAUGGUCAUUCCCGCCUUGAUAGAAAGUCAAUCGUUACCCGGUUUCGUUAUCAGCGAUACGGGAGGUCGUCUGUUUAACAGACUAUUAAAUCAAGCUCCCCCAACGCCAGCAUACUCUAUGGACGACAUCUUGGGCAUACUGAACAAGGUCUCUAAGGCACUAAAGAGUUAUUACGUCGAACCAUCUGUUACAACACAGGUAAUUACGGAAUUAUUGAAAUUGAUCGGAACGACUGCAUUCAACGAUUUGUUGAUGCGAAGGAACUUCUGUUCAUGGAAACGUGCUAUGCAAAUUCAAUACAACAUCAUGCGUGUUGAUGAAUGGUGCAAAUCGCAAGACAUUCCUGAAGGCAUGUUGCAAUGCGAACAUUUGAUGCAAGCCACUAAAUUAUUACAACUCAAAAAGGCAACUUUGAGCGAUAUCGAUAUCAUUUAUGACGUUUGCUGGAUGUUGACACCAACUCAAAUUCAAAAGCUCAUCAGUCACUACUACGUGGCAGAUUAUGAGAACCCAAUUUCGCCCGAGAUCUUAAAGGCGGUUGCUGCAAGAGUUGUUCCGAAUGACAGGAACGACCACUUGUUAUUGCCACCAGAAGUGGAUGAAGCAGGUCCGUUUGAGAGUCCAUUGCCACGUUUGGUGACGGGAAUUGAGACGUAUUGUCCGGCAUACAUCAAUGUUCCCGCUUUACGUCGUUUGGCAAGUUGUGUAGCAUGAUAUUUUAUCUCUUUUUAUCUCUUCAACUCUUUCUCAUUCAAUUUACCCCGGCCUCCUACACUGUACAUCUAUCUUUAUCUCUCCACUGUACGUGAGCAUGCCAUGAUAAGCGCAUGCGAGAAUCUUAUAUUUUAACUGAAAUUGCAAGAGCAGAAUGAUGAUUAAAGUCUAU